CCAUCAAGUUGGGAUCAGUUUGUUUUCGAAACUAACCUCUACUUGGAUUCGCUAUAUCCAUAUUAUUUGAGUUUUUGCAAUUUUUUCCUGUGACAAAAUGAGACCUGCAGGAUGUUAUACAGAUGAUUCUAGUGAUGAGUUUGAUGAUUGCUAUUACAGUAAUGUUGUAGAAGCACCAAAACCUGAAUUGACUGAAAAAGACAAGCAAGAACAAAUAAGGCAAGAUGUCUAUAGAUUGUCAAGCAUAAAUCACACCGCACCUAUCAUUGAUUAUCUAAAUGAAGGAUUUGAUGUUAAUACUAUACUGCCAGAUGGUUGGACACUGUUGAUUUUUGCUGCUACUUUUGGGAAUUUUUCAUUUACAAAAGAACUUAUUUCUAGAGGGGCAGAUAUCAAGCUGCAUAGAAAUACUGUGACACCAUUAAUGGCAGCAUGUUCAUGUUCUCAUCAGAAUAACCCACAGCAAGAGUCAAUUGAGACUAUUAAAUUGCUUUUGGAUAGUGGGGCAGAUCCCAAUGUUUGUGAUAACAGGAGGGUUACACCUUUGAUGUGCGCUGCAAGUUAUGGGAAUCUUCCAGCAAUCAAAUUGCUUUUGGAUAUCUGCAAAAAGGAUGACAUUGACAAUCAAGGUUGGGAUGCAUUGUUUUGGGCAGUGUGCUCAAACCAUGUAGAAACUUGUCAAUUAUUACUUGAUAAUGGUUUUAAUGGAAAAACGAUUGAUGUUAGGGGAUGCACAUGCUUAGAUUAUGCUAUACAAUAUGAUUUUCACGACAUCAUAAAGGUGCUUCCACAAGCUGAGAAUAAUUAUGAAUAUUACAUUAACGAAAAUAGCCAAUAUAUUUUCCAAGAAGAAUUGUACGAACAAACUUUUCUCAGAGAUGUUAUUUUGAUGUUGAAAUCAUGCGACAGCCCGAAUUUCAUAGAAACCUUCGUAGAUUCCAACAUAAAUUUAAAGCGAUUCCUAACAUUGACGCGCGAGGAUCUAAUCGGUUUCGGUAUUCUUAAACCGUAUCAGCAGGAUAGAAUUUUGGGUGCGCUCUUCAAAUUCCAUAAGUAUCCUUACUUGCCCAAAUCGAUUAACUACCUAAAGAAAGGUGAAGCUCAGACUACGGUGAACGUUGGAAUUUCAAUUAUAACAAGCUUACGUCAUUUAGUAGUAAUGGAAUCAGCCGUUAAAUAUUUAAGAUUAAAUUUGAAAGAUUUAACAAAUACCAAUUUAGUCAAUGAUAUUGAUAGGAUUUGCCGUAAAUUAAAGUCUUUAGAAAGAACGGUGACUGCUUUGGGCAGAAGGAUCCAAACGUGGGAGAAAGACAACGAACAGGUGGACUUCAUUUGCUCAAGAAGUGACAAACGUUGGAAUAGCAGGAAAUGGUUAUUCCUUAGCUUAGCAUUAGCUGCACCUUUGAUGUAUACAAUUAAAAAAGUGUAUUUAUAAAUAAAGAAAUUCGUAUAAA